AUGUCUGAAGUCAUGGGCCUGCGUACGCAGAUCAUGGAGAACAUUCUUGCUCUUGAGCCCCAGCUCCUUGAGCCCAGAUGGCUGCUCUACUGCGAGAUCAAGUUCCAUGACGUCUUCACCGAGGGCGAUUCGGGUGAUAUCAUCAACCCUGAUGAUCAGACUUACACCAAUUCAAAUGCUGGCGAAGCCAACAAGUCUGAGUACGAGCUCUACACCGUCGUUCUCGCUUUUUCUGAGCGCUUCGGCAAGAGCACCACCAUCCGCAUCUGGAAAGCUUCUGCUACCACACCUGAGCUCGCCUACAGAGACUUGCUCAAGCAGACCGCCCUCGCACUCACCGACCACGGACAUGUUGCUAUGUGA